GAGUCAAACAGCUGGAUACUCUGGAGUGUCUCGUGGCGGCGAUGCAACGAGACCGUCGGCGCGUGAGAGCUCUCCAAAUCAAAGGAAAAAACGGCUAACGGUACCUCUGUUGCACGGAAAAGAAAAUUUGAUAUAGAAAUAAGGUUUCACCGUGUCCUGCGGGUGUGGAAUAGUUUUGAUAUAACGGUAACGUUACCAGAGUUGUGGAGGACAGGUCGGCGUAUUCAGAGGUAUCGACAAAAGAUAAAACUUGCUAGCUAGACAGAAGGUAAAAGGACUCAUCUGCCCUUGCCAGUGUCCUAUGUGUACUUGCCUCCAUCUUCAAGAAAAUGAAUCUGUCGGUGACAAUGCAGAUGUCAGUCACACUCAGUUAAAUGUUAAUACCACUUGAGCAGAUAUUGCUCGGCUGGCCGAAGAGGAAAAAGAAGAAAGGGGUUGCUCAAGGUGCUGGAACAUGUCUCCCUGGAUGGUACUGCCUGUUAGCCUCCCUGUUUUGACCAUUACUGGGAUAUGGGUUGUGUACGCCAUGGCCCUGUACAAUCAACAUGUCUGCCCUGUGGAUAACUGGUUGUACAACCAGUCAUGUGAAGAAGAUCUGUAUUUGCAGAGUGGGCCAACCUUGUGCUGCACGCUAGACAAUGUACCGCUCAUCAGUAAAUGUGGGACUCUUCCUCCUGAGAGCUGCUUUUUCAGCCUAAUCUGCAGCACAGGCUCGUUCAUGGUUAUGGUGAUUGUGCUGCUCCGCUAUGCCCACGUCAUUGAGAAGCACGAAAAUUGUGUUCUUAACACGGCGAGUCUCUCCACAGGCUGGAUCUGUGCUGCUGGACUCAUCAUGGUGGGCAACUUCCAGGUGGAUAAUGCCAAAGUUCUCCACUAUGUCGGAGCAGGCAUUGCCUUCCCCACCAGUAUGCUGUUUGUGUGCCUGCAGUCAGCACUGACUUACCGACUGGCCAAGACUCAGGGGGAGUACAACAUGGCCCACCUCCGGCUCUGCAUGACCCUGCUGGCCUUUGGAGCCUUGGUGCUCAGUGGUGUGUUUUUCUGUCAGGAAAGUUUCGUCCUUCAACACGCAUCAGCAAUUUUUGAAUGGGUGUUCUGCGUCAUUAUCAUGCUGUUUUAUGGAACAUUUGCCUUUGAAUUUGCCGGCAUGUCAUCAGAUACCAUGGUGGUGCUGGCUAGAGGGACCCUGGGACCUGCAGGGAGAGAACACAAGGUGGACACACUUGGAUCACUGGGAGGGCCCAUUCCACACUCACACCAACCUGAAAACAUGUCCAUACUGUAACCUGCUGGCACAUCUUGAUGCCACACAGCUGGCUUGUUUAUUCCUUUCAAGCUCUGGUUGUGGACUGAGUUUACUUAUAUAUUUCAAGCCACAUUCAUCUGGGGCUUUGAAACAAACCAGGCCAGUGCAGUCGCCACUCAUGGCAGAGUGAAUUCUACUAUUUGAGCCCCAUGGUGUAGACCUGCUGCCACAGUGGAGAGCUUAGCUUGUAUUGUGCUCACAUCAGAGCUCACUGUCUCUCAAUAACUUUGUUUUUAUUUUGUACAUUGCACAGGUGAGAAACCAAACAGCUCAGUCCUGUGACCAGCAGAGGAGUAGUUUGUCACUCAGAUCAAGAAAAUGUACUGUCCCCCUAAGAUGCUGUAACCUGUUUAAAUAAGUGGCCUUGAACCAUUUACACUUCAGAUGACUGCCACAAUGCUUUCAUUGUACGAAAAGUGAGGGCUGCUGGACAGCCAAGCUGACAGUAUUAUAGUCGUAAGAAAAGCAGAGGGAGAGAGAGAGAAAGAGAAGAUGGUGUGUGAAUGUUACAUCGGAAGCAAGGUCAUGCUUGUUUUCCAACUAGAGAAUGGAUGAAUGCAAUAAAUUCAAAGAAGUCGCGUAAUAAAAGAAGAGUAUAUAAAUUUUUUUGUCUAUCCUGGAGACGGAACCGAGCAGUGGUCUGCAUUUUGCAAUAAAUUUAAACCAGCAUUAAGCAGUAUUUUUCAUAUAACAAAUUAAAAUAAUUGUAAUGUCAAAGAGUCCUUUAUAGUACUGAAUUCCCUGAUAGUUAAUCAUAGAAAGAAAAUGGAUUAUAUUAUAUUAAUAACAAUAUUUUAUUUUAUGGAAUUAACACCCUACUCCACAUAGAUGUUAGCUGCUUUUAGCUUACUUUUGGUUAUUCACCCUGCGUACUUGGUCAAGCUGACUGUACGCUACCUUUUAUCCAAAGUAAGUCAACCAUUUGGCGAGCUGGAGAUAGAUAUUCUACUUCAGGAUUUGGUUAAUCAAAGCUAGAAAAAAAGUUAAUAUUGCACUUGUGUUUUUCAGGUGACCUUUAGGAUGAUAAUAUUCCCCUGUGUCUGUUGAAUGUGUGAGUACGCACAGACGUUAGCCAUAACAACUUAUGUCAGUUUGGUUUGUGGUUAAAAAAUUGCUUAAUACAGCUUUAAAAUAUGCACCACCAACAACUUUGUUUGAACAGUAGAAUUAAAGUAUCAAUGGAGCACACGUUGCCUUUUUGUGUCGGAAAACUUUCAAUUAUGUGCCAUAUCAUUAUUUGAACUGCAUACAGAACAAACAGUAGACCUGGUGCCUCAUUAAGUCAAAGUCUGAGUGAAAAAAGCAUGUCCUUCCCUCUUGUUGUUACAAAUUGAUUCAACUUAUGAAAGAGAGAUGAUACAGUGUCCAGAGGCCAAAUGCUUACAGUACCAGCUAAUUCAAGCCAGAGCACUGGGUUUAUUGAGUUUGGUGAGGAGGCACACAUGUGUUUUCAGGUCCUAUGGAUGUAGUUCUGCAUCUCAUUACUCCCCAACAAGGAGCAGAACAUGCUGUCAUUGUUUUACCUGGUAACUCUUUCUUUAAACUCUCCAUAGUUUGGAGUUUUUACAGCCUGUCUCGCUUGAGUAGAGGAACAAAGGAAAAAGGAAGGAUUUGUAAAGUAUAAGAUUAAUGAGAUACAGUAUCCUGCCUCUGUGUUACUGUACAGCAGAAUACGUCAAAUAUCAGUUUUCCUGUGGCAUCGGUGCUGAAACACAAAAGGCCUUAUCCUGUCAUUUCUGCUGAGGUUAGCUCUGAUUAUGAGCUUGAGACGUAGGGCCAAUGUCAGCAUCAUUGACUGCUAAUAGUGGAGGAACAGGGACAGAAGGUUGCAUGCAUGCUUGUGAGUGCAAGGAAUACCAAAGCCGAUAUUGGGCACCACCCAUUCAUAUACAUUGAAACAUGCCUCCUGCUAAUAGCUACACUGACUUGAUAUUGUGAUAUCUAUCAGUUUAGUUUUUAAUUUUAUUUUAGCCUCAUGGUCUUUUUCUUACAGUUGUCCCUCCUAUAUUGACUUUCUCUGACAUUCUGUGCUGUGUUGUAAUACACAGUUGUGCCAGGAUUACUGUUUAUAUUUUGUUGGAAAUUUUCAACAUCUCAGUUUAAUAUUAACGCACUUUGAGCUCUCUGGUGAAACCCAGAGCAAGCAGAGGGUUUACAAUAAAAACUCAGUGAAAAUAUCACUUCAUCAUACCACAGAGGGCCACAUGAUGGGCAGAGGUUUUUUUUCUUGCCAGUAUUUUGGGUAAGUUGCUAAAGAGCCCAUUGUUCAAUCACAGCUUUACAAUCUGUUACAGAAGGACUGAAAUGUAGUAAUUCACUAUAUACUGAAUGCAUGAAUACUAAAGUGGAAAAGCUUGUGCAUGCUGUUCAACAGUCAAAACAACACCAGACCCACCUCUGAUCACUUGCUUCUCCCUACUGGUCAAACUGCUCAUUGCAUGUAAAGUUUGUUGGAAUCAGAGCUCGGCAGCUUGAAAACUUUUUGUAUCCAUAGCAUAGCAUUUUCAGUCAUCUACAUGUUGAGGCCAAAUCUGCUUUUGUUUUACUUCUAAAUUUAUGAACAGAUUGGAACUCCUGCCUGGCUUUAGUUCAGCAGUAAUUUUCAGAUUUGGUGCAUUUUAAGUGUUAAGCCAAAUUCAAUUCAAUUCAAUUCAAUUUUAUUUAUAGUAUCAAUUCAUAACAAAAUUAUGCUGUUCUAGCAAGAAACAUUUAUUUUACUGAAUGGAUGGUAGGAAGCUAUGUUUCCAGCUGAACACUACAAAAAUGUCUUUUGAGAAGUUAGUCGGAUUUACAUUUUGCAUUGCAGCAUCCUUGUCAUCAUUUCAUAUAAACCUCUCUACUUCCUGUUCUUUUUUCCUUUGCACUCAGGAAAAAAUCACGACACCAGCUGCAUUGUUUGAAUUUAAGCAAAAUGGACUAUACUUGCUUUAACCUUCUGUUGUCUUUCUUUUAAUGGCAUUCAUUUUAUGUUUAUGAGGAUUUGUCAUGUAUGUAUGGUAUUGUGUAAUAUAGGUGGGUAGCCAUGAUAUAAUAGAUUAUUUUUGUUAAUCAAGACUCUUUAAAGCUUACAAAAAUAAACAUUCCUGUGUAGUUUGCUUGUGGAAAUGCUUAUGCUGCUCACGCCAACAUGGUUGGCAAGAAAAACUAGCUCAGUCAUGCUAUCAGUAGAUCAUUGGUGAGAGCAUGCGGACAAUCCAGCGUCCGUAAACCUCACAAACAUCUGUUACUCGAUACGUCUUUGGUGAAAUGCAAAAUGCUCCCUAUGUGCCUUAUAUAAUAUUUUCAUAAUGAAAACCAAAGAGGUUUAGGUUGUAAAUUCUAUUUUGAUAAGAAGUCAUAUGAUUGUAUGUCUUAAUGUUCGACAAAUAAAACUGUUAAAAAUAAUUCAUAUAAUCCAUUUUUAUUUUCACCACAUAAGUUAUCUUUAAUUUAUUGUUUCAUUAUUUACAUUGUCCAGUUUCUCUGCCAAUAGAGUUGACAGAAGAUGACACAGAUCAACACAUUAAAUAAGAGGAAAACUUCUCUUACAAAAACAAUGUUGGCUGUAGAUGAAAUCAUGGGUUGUUUCACUCACCUUAAACUCUUAAACCUCUACAGACAUGAAGUUUAAAGAUGAAUACUCUUGACACUUACUCAAUCCCCUCAGAUGGAAAUAAUUAAAUUAAAUACUGUGUGGUUAAGCAAGGAUGAAAGCUGACCUAAAAUUAAAUUUUAAUGCCCUGUUGAGAAACAUAAUAUAUUAAACACUCCCUUUUUCCCUCUAAAUCCAAGGGAAGGAUCUCAGUCUGCAAUAUAGAGCUGCAGAGAAAAUUUAGCACUUCACAUUGAGUAAGAAAUUAACUAAAUAUCUAUAAAUACAAGGAGAUCUGCAACUACUCUAAGUCAGAUAUUGACUCGGAUCAGCAUAGGCUUCAAACAUUGUAGAAACGCAGCAACUGUAAGACACCAGUGGCGUAACUUAAUACUUUUGUCUCAACAUUGUGCAGCUUGGUAAUCCACCGCAGAGAGCAAAGAGAGAAGAGACUUCAAGUUAUUUGCUAAAUGGGUCACAUCUACAAACUCAGUCACAGCAGCAGG